AUGCAGCCUGGGGGUUUACAAACUCCCCCUGCUGCUGCUGCAGCUCGGGGACGAGUUAAUCAGGAAUUAGGCUGCAGCGAUGACCUAGCAGCAGCAGCAGCAGCAGCAACAGCAGCAGCAGCAGCAGCAGCAGCAGCAGAAGCUACACCCGCAGCAACUGCAGCAGCAGCCGGAGCAGUGCAACCACCAACAGCAGCAUCAACUCCAGAAGCAAACCAAAGAAAACCAACAACAACCCCACACCAAGCAGCAGCAGCAGCAGCAACAGCAGCAGCAGCAGCAGCAGCAGCAAAAGCCGAUGCAGCAGCAGCAACAGCUGCUUCGCGUUCAUCAGCAGCAGAAGCUGCAUCGCUGCAGCAGCAGAGCCGCACAGAAACCAAAGACACUGCAUCUGCUGCACAAACCAGCGGCAGCAGCAACAGCAACAGCAGCAGCAGCAGCAGCAGCAGCAGCAGGAGCAGCAGCAACAGGGCCCAAUCGAGACCUCCAUCGUCUCUACCGCCUCAACGGCAGCAGCAGAAGAAUGCAGCAGCAGGCGCAGCAGACAAAGACGCAGCAGCAGCAUCAGCAGCAGCAGCAGCAGCAGCAGCAGCAGCAGCAGCAGCAAAGGAGAUAGAUCCUCUCGAUGAAGCAGCAGCAGAAGAAAUAAGAAAGAACGGCCCCCUUGUUGUUAUUGUUACCGGGAUGGCCGGCAGCGGCAAAUCCACUCUUGUUAAAGCCAUGAAAGAGUAA